CAACCCCCUUUGCAUAUCUUGUUUGAUUACAUUUCUUAUUUUAUCGGAAGGCUGGAGAUUCUGUCCCUGAAUCGCUGGUUUCAGAACCUUGGGCUGCUUAGAAUUUACUAUUUCGCUACCUCUUUCGCUUCCUAGUACUGAGAAAGAUUGAACGUACAUCAUUUGUUCACCCCCCCUCCUCCCAAUCAUUUUGCCAUUUCAAGAAUCCCAAAACACAAUAUGUCCUCGUCCAUAUUGCAUAGCUGCCCCUGUUGUGGGCAAGUUACAGAUAUCUCCAAUGCACUUGCUGCUUUCAUCCAGAAUCCCUAUUGUAGUCAGUGCGGUUUGUCGGCUUCUGAAAGCGACCUGGAGUUACAAGACGACCUCGCGGCGCUUUUCGAAAAGCGGAUGAGCAUAGGAGUGCCAUUCCCACCCGAAGAAGAUCAGGGAGUGCAGCACCCUCCUAUUGCCUCCCCAGAAAUGUAUAGCAUCUCACAACAUUAUCACCAUUCAGCGCAUUUAGUUCGUGAAAAUGCUACACGUCCUUCAACAGAAGGCACCAACGGUGCCAUCAGCGAGACACUCAGGCAACACAACGUCGACCCUUCGACACUUUCGCCCAAACAAAUGGAACUUUUUGAACACGCGAUGCCAGAACAACAAUCACGUCUCAUCCAGAUCUGGCAGAUUUCCUCGGAACACAGUUAUGCAACCACUAGCAGCGUCGUCGGAAGGAACCAGUCAGAUCUGGGAACCGCGGAUGUAGCUAGCACUGUGGCAAUAGUCUCAACUCCAUUUGGUUGGACGACUAGAUCUGGUGAUCGUGAGAUGUGCGAUGUACCUGUGAGAAGUGAGAGUGAAGAUGAUGUGCACCAGUAUGCCGAGCCAUAUAUGGUCACUGGAUAUGAGACGAUGCCCCAGCGAAGCAAUGGGCUCUCUGCAUCUCAGCCCACACAUAUCGUGGCUGAGCCGACAACAGGCUCACCGUACAAGCUUGCAAGUGACCCCAUCUACUAUGCUCAGGGUCGAAGAUGGUGGGAAUCUACACAGCCAGGACUAAUGGAGUAUCAAUAUGGGUUAUUUGAUGAGAUGAACCGCCAUUCCCAUUGCGGCCUACUGCAUCAUCGCCAGGCCGAUUAGGAAGUGCCAUAUGGGACUCAUUUCAGGGUGUCAGAGUAGGUAGUGCUCAUUCAGGUGGUAAUAAUACCUCGCCACAGGCCAAUCCUAUGGCAUGUUCGGAUAUUCUCUACGUAUCUCAACAGUAUCCGUGUCUUGGUUUCGUAGUGGUCAUUUUCUAGAUUGGUGAACCAAAUG